CUGCCGCGGUCUUCUUAAGUAUUACGGCAGUUUGUGUCUAACAUUGGAUGUGCAGGUUUCACAAGACAAUCUUCGAAGAAUCAGUGUUCGACAAACCAGCCUCAAUACGAGAACGUCAAAGUGUAAUAAAAUACUGCAUGCAUAAGUGAAAAUUUUGCAAACAAGGGAUUCACAAGACCUGAUACCGGUAUUUUUGGUCCACUUGGUAUUUUCGUAGAAUAAAAAAAUUGACUGUCAAACCAUAUCCAGGAUAUCUCCCAAGGCUCCCACUAACAGCGAGAAGGGGUUCAAAGGCUACUUAUUUAAAAAAAAAAAUUGUUUGUUGCUUAUCUUUAGGGGACAUGUAACGAAUGGAGUCGAGACAGUCCUGAAGUGAUGGAAACCAUCAAAGAGGAAGGCUCCAAGGACGAUUCUGCAGAGACCAUCAGAGUAAAUCCCAAGGAGCCUCUCCAGAAUGACAAUGACCGUCAAAAUAAAUCAAAUACCCAGAGACAUCUGAAGUCUAUCCCACGAAACGUAGAUUGUUCAAGUGUACAAGUUGCUUUAGGUGACCCUGUGAGAAAUGUAGCUUGCCUUCAUCGACAAGAAUCGUCAUCAAAGGAUGGAGAAACGUCCAAUUGUUGUAAAAACUGUGAGCCAUCUGCGGGAACAUCAUAUUAUGAUGAUUGCAGUAACAAGAAAAAUUCUACUGAAUGUUCAAAUAACAAUGGUGAUAAUUAUUCAAGCUCAGCUGUUGCCGACAUUUGCUCAAAUUUAGAGGCAGUCUCAAGAUCAACGGCUUUCACUGCAAGAGCAGUGCCUACUGAAGAACAAAUUGAAGGCGGUGACCAGAUAAAUCAUGUUAGAGUAGUUAGUGAAGCAAGGAGUCGAGUUCCUUGUGGCUCUAGCAACUAUAAAGAUAAUCACACGAGGGAAAUGAAUGAUGCAAAGUACAAAGAAGGUUGUCAAAGUGGUGAUUAUAACAGAAUAAAUCAGUGUCCAAGUUCUUCUAGGUCUUUAGUUUCAUCCUACAAUCAAAAUAGUGCCUCAGUAAUUAACAUUAGUGCAUCAUCCUGUUCGGAGAUAAGCAGAUCCCCAUCAACCAUCUCCUUAAAUAGUCCUGCGGCCCAUUCGGAAGAUGGAAAUCCACCUUUUGUAAGCUCAUGCAGUUCUGAAGCAAGCAAUGUAGCACUCAGAGAAGGGAGUGAAAGAUUAUCACCAUCUGGAUACCGCAAUGCAGGCCCUUCUUUGGGGAACGGGGCGCAAAGAGCACCAAGAGUUUUUCAUAUCCAACCCAUUCAGUUAAACCCCCCACCAAUUAAACCCAUAAAGUGUACGUGCCAGUAUCGUUCACCAUUCUUGAAGUUGAGUCCACCUUGCUAUUUUUGUUCUACUACAGACCGACCUCCGAAAUACAGAGAAACAGAUGGUUUUGACUGGCGAAGAGCCAAGGGCAGAUUGUUCUGCGUGGUUAAGACUCUUGGAAAGAAAAACCGUAUACAACAAGAUGCUUCAUCGUCUAGUGACUUUUGCGAAAUGAAUGAUAUCCCAUUUACUAUUAGUGAUGGAAGGAUGCAGGGGCCAUCAAACAAUAAUCACGGAGAAUCUCUGCCCUCCCCAUGCAAUUCUAAUAAUUUAUCAAUAGCAUCACAUGAGUCCCAGAUCCACACAGAUGACAUUCAGAGAGCAGAGGUCAGUAUUACUGAAUCAGCUGAUGACAGAUGUCCACAGCAAAGAAGAAUUGGCAGCCUUUCUGGGAAUAAUAACGGAAGCUUAGCCUUAAGGACCGUGUCAUCAGAUCCACCACCAUACUUCAUGGGAGGCACAGGAAUACCCCCACCUUACUCCCCUCCCACUCCAUCCUCAUUUCCCCAAUACGCUACAAGUGAGAGCUGGACGUCAAAUUUUCACUGGCAACAUGAAUAUGACUUUACGCAAGUGGAGUUUGGUAGAAACUGCCGAUGUAACAUCAUCUACUCCUUCCUGCUGGGGACAAUCACCACGGUGGUCAUCUUCGGAACGGAUCCUCCUGUCCCUCUCCUAUCCUGCGCCAUCAUCUUCUUCACCUUCCUGGUGUAUAUGCCCCUCCUCUGGUUUCUGGAGAACUUCGUCCGGUGGCGCCCCUGGGGUUCUCUUCAGGAGAGAAUGGCUGUGUUCGCUGCAAGGUGUCCUCCGCGUCCACUAGAUUGAUUGUUACACAGAGCCAGUGCUUCAGUACUUCAGGAGGAAACCGAUAGACUAAAAAUCACAAACUCCAAAUUAUAUCUGUUACAGGGAAUACGUGAAAUCAGGGAUAUCACGCUAGGGAAAAUGUGAAAUGACCAAUUCGCUAAGGAACAUUCGACCCUUGAGAGCCAGAGUAGCUUAGUACUAAAAGAGGCGAAACAAAGAUUCUUUUACACAGUUUCACAGUGUUUGGCAAUAGCACCUGGGGAGAUCAAAGGUGUUUAGCUACGUUUAAUCCUAGCCCCUAGUUGAUCAAAUGGCCCUAAAUGCAUCUGAUCACCCUAAGGACCAAGGGACUAGUACUAAACACAGCGAAACACAUUUGACGCCCAAGGGCUAGUACUAAACAGGGCGAAACAGUGCAACGGAAUAACUAUUUCGCCGUGUUUAGUACUAGCUCUCGGGGAUCAAAUGUUCCAAAGAGAAUUAAGCCAUUUCACAUAUUCCCUAGGGAUUUCGUGACAUCCCGAUUUCAUAUAUUCCCUGUAAGUUAUAUACCGCAGAGUAGUAAAAUAAAAAAAAAACAGCAAAGGAGAUGGGAGAAUGGGCAUAAAUUAAAUAAGAAUUAUACUUUUCGUUUGCUCUUUGUAAAUUUCUUCUCAGACUGAUUAUUCAUUUCAGUUAGGCUAUUAGUGUUUUCAACUUUAAUGUUUACAAGCAGUUCUGCAAUUUUAUGUUCCACUGAAAUAAUUUUUUCUAUCCUCAAUGUACAUUCCACUUUAAACUGAUUUUAACCUUGUAAAAUCAGUUGUUUUCUAUAGUUGUUUGUUUUGCUGUAACUGUUCGUAACUCUUGAUAAAUAGAAAGACUGAUUCGUGUGCGUGUGUAUAUAUAUAUAUAUAUAUAUAUAUA